CGCCGAGGCCCAGGGGCCGCGGGAGCCAGCGGGAGCCCGUCCCCAUCGUCUCAUUUCACCCCCAACCCUGUCCCCGGCAUCCGUUCCUGCAGAGGGGACGUCCAGCGCGGGAGAAAAAGGUCCCGAAGAUGGCCUAGUGACAAGGGCGCCUUCCAAUGAUCGGGAGCAUCUGUCCCCCUGGGUGUCGGCCCGGGCCGGUGGCAUCGUGUGGAGCUGAAGGGACGUGCCUACCUCUGUCUGGAAACCUCUUUCUCUCCUAAUUCAUGAGCCAGCAGGAUGCGGUCGCUGCGCUUUCAGAACGCCUUCUCAUAGCCGCGUACAAAGGCCAAGCGGAGAAUGUGGUUCAGCUCAUCAACAAGGGCGCCAAGGUAGCAGUUACCAAGCAUGGCCGGACGCCCCUGCAUCUUGCUGCCAAUAAAGGUCAUCUUUCUGUGGUCCAGAUCCUGCUGAAGGCUGGCUGCGACCUCGACGUUCAGGAUGAUGGGGAUCAGACCGCCUUGCACCGGGCCGCGGUGGUGGGGAACACCGAGGUCAUCGCCGCGCUCAUCCAGGAGGGCUGCGCCCUGGACCGGCAGGACAAGGACGGGAAUACGGCCCUGCACGAAGCAUCCUGGCAUGGGUUCAGCCAGUCAGUCAAGCUGCUCAUCAAAGCGGGCGCCAAUGUGCUUGCGAAGAACAAGGCAGGGAACACGGCCCUGCACCUGGCCUGCCAGAACAGCCACUCCCAGAGCGCGCGCAUCCUCCUGCUGGGCGGCUCCCGCGCCGACCUCAAAAAUAACGCAGGCGACACCUGUUUGCACGUUGCCGCGCGCUAUAAUCACUUGUCCAUCAUUAAACUCCUCCUCAGUGCUUUCUGUUCUGUCCAUGAAAAGAACCAGGCUGGAGACACAGCACUUCAUGUUGCUGCUUCCCUAAAUCACAAGAAGGUGGUUAAAAUCUUACUGGAAGCUGGAGCUGAUGGGACCAUUGUUAAUAAUGCAGGCCAGACCCCGCUGGAGGCUGCCCGCUACCACAACAACCCAGAAGUUGCUCUUCUCCUCACGAAAGCUCCCCAGGUCUUGCGCUUCAGUCGUGGGCGAAGCCUGAGGAAAAAGAGAGAGAGGCUCAAGGAAGAGAGGAGAGCGCAGUCUGUGCCGAGAGAGGAGGUGGCACAAAGCAAGGGAAGUGUCUCGGCAGGAGACACCCCUAGUAGUGAUCAGGCUGCACCCAGAAAAGAAGAGGCCAGAGAAGAUUUCCUGUCGGCCUCCCCAGAGCCCCGAGCGAAGGACAACAGGCAGAGAAAGUCAAGGCCCAAGGUGUCAGCAUUUUCUGACCCCACCCCACCUGCAGACCAACACCCUGGACACCAGAAGAACUUGCACACCCAUAAUCACCCUAAAAAGAGGCCCAGGCAUCGCUGUUCACCCCCACCCCCUCCCCACGAGUUCAGAGCAUACCAGCUCUACACGCUCUACCGGGGCAAGGACGGGAAAGUGAUGCAGGCACCAAUAAAUGGUUGUCGAUGUGAACCCCUAAUCAACAAGCUGGAGAAUCAGUUGGAAGCAACUGUGGAGGAGAUCAAAGCGGAGCUGGGGUCGGUUCAGGAUAAAAUGAAUAUAAAGCUGGGGCACAUGGAGAGUAAGACCCAGCACCAAAUGCGUGUUCUGGACAAGCUGAUGGUUGAGCGACUCUCAGCAGAGAGAACGGAGUGCCUGAAUCGCCUGCAGCAGCACUCAGACACAGAGAAGCACGAGGGAGAGAAACGACAGCUGUCCUUGGUGGAUGAAUUAAAAACCUGGUGCAUGUUAAAGAUUCAGAAUCUGGAACUGAAGCUUUCUGGAGAUUCUAGGGCCUCUAGGGCUAAAUCCACACCAUCUACUUGCGAGUCCUCUACAGGUGUGGAUCAAUCAGUGGUGACCGCGGGUCCAGUAGCAGCUUCUGACAGUUCCCCUCAGGUGGUCAGGCCCAAGGAAAAGGCCCUCAACUCUGCUGCUACCCACAGACUCCAACAGGAACUAUCUUCCUCAGACUGUACGGGCUCCCGACUGAGGAACGUCAGAGUCCAGACAGCCUCACUACCUUUGAAAGAGGCAGCGAGAUGUGAUCAGCAGGCUGGGCCCUGUGUUGACAGAGGCACGCAAACCAAGAAGUCUGGGAAAAGUGGGCAGACGAGGCAUCGAGCCCAGCAACCAGCACCCAGCACCACCUGCGGGCAGCCACCACCAGCAACAGGCAGCGAGCAGACUGCCUCUCACGUCCGAGACACCUCCCAAGCUCUGGAGAUUACACAGUAUUUUUUUGAGGCUGUUGCUACCCAGAUGGAAAAGUGGUAUGAAAGAAAGAUUGAAGAAGCACGAAGCCAAGCCAGUCAGAAAGCCCAGCAAGACAAGGCCACGCUGAAGGAACAUAUUAAAAGUCUAGAAGAGGAACUUGCUAAGCUAAGGACUAAGGUGCAGAAGGAAAGUUAGGACCUGGGAAGUGGCGCAAGAAAGGAUUCAUGAGGAUUUCUAGUUUUGCAGCCGCAGAAUAGCAGUGCCCAAGGUGUCCGUUACUGUGCACGUAGCAGACUUGCCUUUAACAAAAAAAAAUCACUGAUUUCUAAAAUGUGCCAGACACACACAUUUCCUAUGCCCUGAAGUUAUGAAGACUUCAACAAUUAAACCGAAACCAGGGAAAGCUUGCUUAGUAACAGGUUUCAUUACAUAUUUAAAACCUCAAUCCAGGUUCAUCUGAAGUUCAGAAGCUCAGAUUAAGUGAGCCACUAAGAAACUGAACGAUGUAAGCCUAAACCCUAAAAUUCAGGAUGUGCAAAACAACAAAAGCAAGGAAAAACAAAAGUUAACCCCUUGUGAACUCAAAUGAAGUAGUCAUGCAUAUAAACACACCUGCUGUGCCUAGACAAGAGUGUCUUUCUGGAAAAGCAGUAACUGAGAUGCGCUAAACCCUCUCUCUCAAAUGCAUAAUUCUCAAAAUGCUGACAUUUCAAUCAGGUGAAAACUUAUCAGAUAGAUUUUGAGGAAAAGGAGUCACAUGAUGUCACAAGAUCCAGUAUAACCUAAAAUGUUUUGGCCCUGACUGGUGUGGCCCAGUGGGCUAAGCAUUGUCCUGCAAACUGAAAGGCUGCUGAUUCAAUUCCCAGUCAGGACACGUGCCUGGGUUGUGGGCCAGGUCCCCAGUUGGGGGCAUGUGG